AUGUGGUGGGUAUUCUGUUCUAUAUGUAUCACGACGUUAUGGGUGCAACGCAAUCGGGUCGUUCACGAAGGGCAUUCCGUCACUUUGGCGGGAUGUAUCCACGAAUGCACAGUUUUAAGUUUUCGGCAAUUACACGCGCUAGCGCUGCGAGGGCGUAGACAGCUACACACCCAGGUGGCCGGGACUCGUCUGAUGCAAUGCAUUGGACUGCUCACCAUGGCCCCAUAUAGAGCACUGCACACAGCGGUGAGUCACGUAAAACCACCGGAUCAUCCGACACCGGCGUUGCUAUCCUGGCUUAGGUCUUUCCAGACGUCUUGUACACCAUAA